AAGCAUAAACACACCCUUUAGAUAUAACAAAGACUUGUUCUCUUCUGCUUGAGCACGGCAACUGAUAUCUACCAGGAGCAACUCCAAAUGAUCAUCAAAUUCUCACUCGAUUAUUGAUUUCAGUUACCGUAAGAACACAAUCAUAAAUGAAUCUACGUAGUAAAUCCACCAUGCUGAUAUUAGUAUGGUGUCUGUUCAUAUUCGCAUCUCUCGCCGCCAAUGUAUCGUGCCUCACCGAUGAGGAAAUCAACGAAUUCGGAGCAAGAACCCACAUCGACCCGAACACCGAUCUCCAAGGAUUCAUCACUAUCGCCGAACACGACGACGACACCCUUGUGGUGACAUCGAACGGAAUACCCGACCACACCGCCGGACCCUUCGCCCUCCCUCCCGAUGCCGACGACAUCCUCGAGCAGGACUUCGAGUUCUACAUUCCAAAGAAUCCGACGUCAUCGAAUGCGAAGUAUGAGUUGCCGAUGGGGCCGGUCGGGUUGGCGCUCAAUGGCGUCGCCCUCUUCAACCCGUAUUCCAACGAGGGAACCGACGCCGUGAUCACUGAGGGGCCGACAUUCGAUGACUGCGACGGCCACCCAACACCCAACGGGAUCUACCAUUAUCACAGUAGUCCGUUCUGCGUGUUCAGUGACCAGGACGGUGUGCCAUCGACCAUCAUCGGGGUGGCUCUGGACGGGUUUCCCAUCUACGGCCCGAAUGACGAGAACGGCAACGAACUGUAUUCUGCGGAUCUUGAUGCGUGUCACGGUCGUUACGUCGACGGUAACUACCGUUACCAUAUCACAGAGGACUUUCCGUACAUCUUGGGCUGUUUCCAUGGCGAGGUCGACAGAAGAAAUCUGAGACCAGGCCAAAACCUAGCAACAGUAGACCCUGGUGUAUCCAUGACAACGAGUAAAGCAAGCGAUAUUGUUCAUGGGAGUGUUACCAUGGUAACAAUGUUGUUUUCACUAUUCUUUGUUUUGUUUUAGACAGUCAGUUCUUGUCAAUUCCAGUUUAGACAUGGUUAUCGACAUGAAUUAUGAUUUUUGUAUCAAUUGUUUACUGAAUGUCUAAUACUUAUUUUAUUAUUAAGUGCAUGCAUUCUUGUCAUAAAGUACUUGAUAUAUUCACUUACAGUGCUAGUAAUUAAUUUCAGUCUGAUAUUGUUUAAGAUUCUUAACAUACUGGUAAUAACUAUCAUCUAUCAUCUACCACCAUUUUGUACAUCAUUCAGUCGCAAGAAGUAUAAAACUAAUCCGAAGGAAGUGCUAUUUGAUACUUUUCGUAGGUAUAUAGAUUUUAAACGUCCUUUUUAGUUAAUAAAUUUGGAAAUGAUAAAUUUCAUAAAAUUGACAUGAUAUAAUUACACUGUUACCGCACACAGAUUUUCUCCGUCUUGGAUAGGGAAGAAACAUCUUGAAAAGAAAAACCACGUUAUGGAGGAAUCAAAACGAGCAAACUCAUUACAAGGGGAUUUUACAUUGUGACAUUUGAAGUGAAAGAUCAAGUGCACAAUUACGUUUCUAUUGAUGAAAAUUUUGGAAUGAAAAUAGGUCUGGAUUUUUUUUCUUGGGGGGGGGGGCUACGAGGUUUAACUAGGUAUGGCUAAUGUUUUAUUGAUAUGGCUGUGUAAAAUUAAUAAUCAAAUGGGAUAAUAAAAUCGUUCCUCAUACA